UGUGCGGCGCUGCCCCCGCCGCCUCUCGCCCGUGUCGCCGAGCUAUUUAUUUAAAUCGCAGAUAAAGCGCCUCGCCGCCCGCCCUGCCGGGGACACGCAGUCCGGGCGCCCGGCGGGUGGGCAGGAAGGAGCCCAUGGCCGGGAGGGCAGCCCCGGCCCCCGGGGCUCUGCUCUGCGCCCUGCUCUGCGCGGCAGCGGCGGCAGCGGGGGGCGGCCCCGGGGACAACCCCGCUCCCGGCGCCUUCGGCCACGUCUACCGGGGCGCCGUGAACAUCAGCUCGGAGCGGGUCUACGCCUUCGCCUACCGCAGCGAGCCCGGGCAGGUGGCUGCAGUGCGGGUGUAUGUGAACAGCAGCUCCGAAAACCUCCAGUACCCCGUCCUGUUUGUAGUCCGCCAGCAGAAGGGAGUGCUGUCGUGGCAGGUUCCACUGAUUUUUCGAGGCCUCUAUCAGAGGACCUACAAUUACCAAGAAGUGAGUCGGACCCUGUGUCCCUCUGAGCCAACACCUGAAACAAGACCCUCUGACCAGAUUAUAUUUGUGGAUGUCGCUUCCAUGGCACCGUUCAAUAUUGCAUAUGAGCUCCUAGUCACCAGGCUGGAGAACUUCCAACUUGAGACCAACAAAGCCUUUAACUUCACUGCCAGCCCUUCCCAGCCCCAGUAUUUUCUGUACAAAUUUCCUCAGGAUGUUGAUUCAGUCAUUAUAAAUGUGGUGUCUGAUGCAGCCUACCCAUGCUCAGUUGUCUCUGUCCAGGAUAUUGUGUGCCCAGUGUAUGACCUGGACCAUAACGUGGAGUUCAAUGGAGUUUAUCAGUCUAUGACAAAGCAGGCAGCCAUAACAGUGCAGAGAAAAGAUUUCCCAGGUGAGCAGUUCUUUGUUGUGUUCGUCAUCAAGCCAGAGGAUUAUGCCUGUGGGGGUUCUGUGCCUUCUUCAAUUCAUGGGAAUGUCAACCGUACCUGGAACCUGCAGCGGACAAAGAACCUUCAAGUGACAAUUGUGCCCUCCAUUAAAAAGUCUGUUUAUGUCCAGGCCAUGUUCUUCAGCUUCCUGAGUUUCCUCUCCUUUUACCUGGGCUCAGUGGUUGUUGCUUUUGUGCACUACAUUAGGGUUCAGAGGAAAGCUUCAGCUGGGAGAUUGAGCCCUGAGCAUGGAUCUGGGAUGAUGACUUCUUCACAGCCCAUCUCAGCCAGCACUCCUGAGGGAAGCAGCUAUGGUGCUAUUGACGAGUCCAGCUCCAGCGGCGGACGUCAGCUGUCCUCCCCGGAGCGCAGGCCCCCGGCUGGCUCGGACACAGACAGCUCCGUGGAGGAGGAGAGUGACUUCGACACCAUGCCAGAAAUUGAGAGCGAUAAGAACAUCAUCCGCACCAAGGUGUUCCUCUAUCUAUCAGACUUGUCCAGGAAAGACAGAAGAAUUGUCAGCAAAAAAUACAAAAUCUAUUUCUGGAACAUCAUCACCAUUGCAGUGUUCUAUGCCCUGCCGGUCAUCCAGCUCGUCAUCACUUACCAGACGGUAGUAAAUGUGACUGGCAAUCAGGACAUCUGCUACUACAACUUCCUGUGUGCUCAUCCCCUUGGGGUGCUGAGUGCCUUCAACAACAUCCUCAGCAAUGUGGGCCACAUGAUGCUGGGCUUUCUCUUCCUCCUCAUUGUGUUGCGCAGGGACAUCCUCCACCGUCGGGCCAUGGAGAUGAAAGAUAUCUACACCCUGGACUAUGGGAUCCCAAAGCACUUUGGUCUCUUUUAUGCUAUGGGCAUUGCUCUGAUGAUGGAAGGGGUGCUCAGUGCCUGUUACCAUGUCUGCCCUAAUUACUCCAAUUUCCAGUUUGACACCUCCUUCAUGUACAUGAUCGCAGGACUGUGCAUGCUCAAGCUCUACCAGACCCGGCACCCAGACAUCAAUGCCAGUGCCUACUCCGCCUAUGCCUCGUUUGCUGUGGUGAUCUCCCUGGCUGUCCUUGGAGUGGUGUUUGGGAAAAAUGACAUGUGGUUCUGGGUUAUUUUCUCACUGAUCCACAUUUUGGCCUCACUGGCUCUCAGCACCCAGAUCUACUACAUGGGUCGCUUCAAGAUCGAUGACCCUGACUCAGACAUGGGCAUAUUUCGGCGAGCAGUGAUGGUGCUGUACACGGACUGUAUCCAGCAGUGCAGUCGACCAAUGUACAUGGACAGGAUGGUGCUGCUCAUUGUUGGGAACCUGGUCAACUGGUCCUUUGCUGUCUUUGGGCUGGUGUAUCGGCCCAGAGACUUCGCCUCCUACAUACUGGGAAUCUUCAUCUGUAACCUGCUGCUGUAUCUGGCCUUCUACAUCAUCAUGAAGCUCCGCAGCUCUGAGAAGCUCCUGCCCAUCCCCCUGUUCUGCAUCGUGGCCACAGCAGUGGUGUGGGCAGCUGCCCUCUACUUCUUCUUCCAGACCCUCAGCAGCUGGGAGGAGACUCCAGCAGAGUCCCGGGAAAAGAAUCGGCCAUGCAUCCUGCUGGGAUUCUUUGAUGACCACGAUGUCUGGCACUUCCUCUCUGCAGCUGCCUUGUUCUUCUCCUUUCUGGUCCUGCUGACCCUGGAUGAUGACCUGGAUACGGUGCGCAGGGACAAGAUCCCAGUGUUCUGAGUCCCCAGGGACGGGGCGCAGAGGUGUCCCAAACCGCUCAGCCAAAGGCACUGGGCCACCGGUGUCUGUGGAGAAUGAGCCUGCUGCCAUGGCCACCAGUGCAGUGGGAGCAGGGGAACGGGAUUCCCCAGCAGGCACGGAGGGGUGCUGUGGCAGUGAGGUGGGACCAGGAGGGAAGAUGAUGUUACUCCUUUCCUGCCGCAUCCUCUGGGGCAGGCUUGAUCCAGAGGCCAAGGCCAGUGCACAGCCCUCUGGCUUGUGGGUGCUGGAGCCAGUGAGAGGGGAGGAAACAGGAGGGAGGCAUGUCAGAGACCUUUGCUUCCCUUCCUCCCUGCUGAUGUGCUCCACUUCUCUCUGGUGAGCAGGCUUGAGAAGUGCCAUGCAAACCUUCCUGCACAGGGAGCUAAUGUCUGCACCUGCAGUCUGCUGCCCUCAGAGUCCCUUCAGCAGCACAGGGAGAGCAUUUGGUUCCUGUACUGCAGCAGCCAGGGGAGAAAAGGAUUCCAAACUGAGGCGGCAGUGGGGGGACUGUGUUUUCUUUUUUCCUUUUUGUUGGAGAGACUCCUUUGGUAGCUGGUGGAGAGCCACGGUACCAAGGCUGCAGUGUUGGUCAGCGGUGGUGAACUAGAGCUGCCUGGGAGGGCUCUGCCAGACUCAGAGCCUCCUACCUUGCUGUCUUGCAGUCUCCCUGUCACUCUGUUGGACAGCCACACUCCUCUGGCAGCUCCUGCUGGCCCUUGGCAGCGCUCUGGUCUCUGUCACGGCACCACAAGUGCUCUCCUCAAGUGACCCUGAGAGAGAGCGCACAGCAAAGCCACAGCCUUGUGUGGUGGCCCUUGGCUCCUGCUGGAUGCCUUGCCAAAGGGGCAGGGUGGAACAGGGAGGUUUGCCAGCAGCCUCAGACUUUCUCCUCUCAUGAGCUUGCCUUGGACAGCCUUGGCAAAGUAGGUUCUCUUAUGGACUGGGAGGAUGAAGGAGAUUUUGGGGCAAUUGGUGUUGAGCUCUUUAGCUAAAGAUGUGGACCAAAUUUUCUUCUCCAACUUGUCUGAAUUGGAAAUGAGUUUUUUAAUGGCUUCUGCAUUAUUUUCAGUUUCUUAGUUAUUUAAAAAAAAAAAAACAAGAAUAAGGUGUGAAUUAUUUCAGGCCUUGCAUCUAAAAUGGGACCUAUUUUGCUAAUUUGCAAUUAAAAAGUGUUCUUUGAGGCCUGCUGUCCUUAUUCUUGUCUGCCUGAGCAUUUUUACUUUGGUGUAUGCAUGUAGCCAGUGAUGCAAAGGUUUCGUUCCUUUUCUGCUCACUAAAGCAGGUGACUCUGGUGAUGUUUUACUCCAAGAGUCUGUAUCUCCUUGAAGAGUUUUGCACCAGCUGGUUUUUAUUUUUUCUAAGCUGGAGUUUGUCGAGAUGGUCAAUAAAAUGGAUGUUUAUGGUUCCCUGCUCUGCAGGUUGAUCUGAAUUCUUCUUGCUCCUGCUCUCAGCAGCAGCAGGGACAGCAGUCAGGGCAGAGGGGUGCCCAGUGGUGUCACACAGCUGCUGCCACCCUUGGGACUGUCACAGGUGUUUCUGGAGCAUAGGUGUGGAUGACCUGCUUGUUCUCUUAACCAAAUUGCCUUUGUGAGGCUACAUAGAUUAAAGAACACUCUUAUUUGUCACUGUAGUCCCUUGGGCAGGGUGAGGAGGAAUGACACAAGAGGCUGCCAGCCUUUAUCUUCCCAAGCAGAGCUGUGCCAGACUGAAGGAGGACCUCUGUGCCCCCAGAUUUGUCCAGUUCUGGGGACACAUUUUUAUAAAAUAUACUUUCUCCCUGUGUUUUCAUAAUCUGUAGUUUCAGACUAUGUUCCAAGCUUGUAUUUGUUUCUAGACAGGAAGCUGGUUAUCUUCUCUAAAUUGAAAUGUGAGGAAAAAAUAAUGUUGAACAGCAGUUGGAAGGCUCGACGUAGGAGGUAGAACAGCAUAUGGGCUUGCUGUGCUGAGCAGAGAUGAGCACAGCAUGGAAUGGUAAGGUGGUAGCAGGGAGGGAGAGGGAGGCUGGGGAACAGCACAGAACAAAUAGAAAACCAUGACAGAAUUCAAUUAAAUACAAGAAAAGGCACCUCAGGCCUGAGAGAUGGGAGGAAGGCUUGGAAUUGUCUGCCUGCUGCUUCUGUGCUUCCAGCUUGCUGCAUCAGUUUUUAAAAUUUCCUCUUAGCUUUGCCCUGUUUGCUGGGCUCUGUUGGUGCUUCAGCUCUCCCACCUGAUGGCCACCUGACCCCUUGAUGGCUGUGGCUGCUGGGGGGUCUGGCUAGGCACUUGGGCACUCUGUGCUCCCAGGUGUCCUAGGCAUGCUUGGCUCUGCAGCCCUUGCCCCAGAAAUGCAGCUUUCCUUGAGUGCUGCUGUCCUUCUUGGGCCACUGCCCUUGGGCAGGAAGAACAGCUUGCUGGUAUGUGGGGGACCCUCAUUCCCUCAUUUGCAGGAGUCAUGCUGUUGUUUCCUCACCUUGCCCUGCUCACAGAGGGAGACAGAUGUGUAGGGUAAAAGCAGAGAAGCACUGUGGAAUUGUGUUGAGAGGUGAGGAGGCCUUUUUGCUGCCCAUGGGCUGAUAGUGGAGUCCCUGCUUCCCCCUGUUGUGCCCAUGCUUGAGAUAAGCUGCUGUUACAGCUCGUGAAAGGGAAAUAACAGUGCCACAGGCAGGGACCCCUCCUACUUAGAACAAGUUGCUCAAACGCCCAUCCAACCAGGCCUAUCUAAAGAUGGUGCAUCCACCACCUCUCUGGAAAAUCUGUCCUAGUAUUUUACCACUCCCAUUGUAAAAAACUUCUUCCUUACAUCCCAUAUAUUCCCUGUUUUCUCAGGAAAUGUAGGUAAAAUUGUUCUGCCCAGUACAACUGAAAGGAGAAGGAAACAGCUUCUGUACAAUACUGACAUCCCCUCACAGGUUAGGAAAAGUACCCAGGGUCAUGAGAGCUGUUACAACUCCCCCUGGAGCCCCUGGACUGGCAGAAGAGCAGCCAAGGCAGGGGGAAAACAUUGCAGUGUGAAAGAGGAAGGCAGCUCCCUCGUGUCCUGUUUCCCCUCCCCUCUAUGACUGAACUGUACACUGGCUGUCACUGAAGGAACAAAAGUCCUUCUGUCUUAAUACUAAACUUCAGACUUAUUUUAAAUUAAGACCAUCCCUAAAGGCAACUUCCAUGCUUGCAAGAAUUUUGAGGUUUACAAGCCAGGUUUUCUGGAGUCCCUGAAAAGAAUUGUUUCCUAGUAAUUCUGUCAACUUCAGUAUUGUGCAAUCUCCCAAAAAACCCUUUACUUACCUUGCAGGGUCUCUGUACUGCUCUCAUCCAAACUGCAUCCUUUAGAUUCAAACUGUGACAAAACAACUGUCUUACACCACUUCCAAAGCAAUGCAAGGGGACUGUGAUGAGAAGCAUUUUAUAAAAUGAAGUUGUAUCUCAACAGUGAUCACUGUCACCGGGGCAAGAACAGCACCUGCCAUGUAUUUUUUAGAUACUACACAAUCAGUAUUUAUUUAUUGUGAAUUAAGUAGAUUGUAUGUCAACUAAUAUGGUGCAUUACUCUGGUAUAUGCAGAGAAUGUACAUCAGUGGAAAAUUCUGACUGUAAAUUCCCAGUCUCAAAGCAAAACUUUUAUUUUUACCUCUACUUUAGAGUGAAUGGCAUAGCUUUAUAUGGGGAAAGAAAGAACAGAACAUUCAAAGAGUGUUUUUCUCUUUUUUUAAUAAAAUACUAUCAUGUUCAUAUCUAUACAAAUAAUUAUUACAACUAUUAAACAAAGUAUUACAUUUAACAAUAGAAAUCUCAGAACUCUGAACAAGAUCAUGGUUUGGGAUAUUUACACCUGAAUGCAACACAUUUGUAAAAAGAUGUCAAAAUAAACAGAGCAAGAUCUUA